AUGGUACGCGGGCUGCUUUUUUUGCUUCUAUGUCAAAGACUUGCGGCAGACUGGCUCGAUGUGGGCAACGACAUUCCUGCUUUCGACCGAAGUGCAAACAGUCGAACGGAACUGCAUCGCUACUAUGUCAUUGAGUCGGAGAAGGUGGUUGCACGCAAAGGAGAACAUGUAAUUGACCAACAGGCCAUCACAGUUGCUAACCAACAGGCUUGCAUGAUUCUAUGCGACCAGGAUGUUCUGUGUGACUGCUCGAUUUAUUGGCGAGGGUCAAGGGCCUGUCAACGAUGGAGUGGCUGCCAAAGGCACUCACAGAACUUCGUGAAAGACAGGUCAGUGUACACCCUCAUGAAAGUGCCAAAGCUAACACCAGAGUACAAGGAGUACAAGCACUACGCCUCUGGAGCCUUGAGUGGUUUUGGAGGUGUAACGGAAGUUGCCAACUCCCUCGAGUGUCAAGACCGCUGUACGGUCGAUGCCAGCUGUGACUGUGCCGUGUGGGCGGUGGAUGGCACCUCCAGGUGUUGGACAAUGACAGAAUGUCAAGCAUCCCACUUCAGGUUUGAUCCGAUCUACUCGACUUUUCUAAAGAACAAUGCCAAGCGAGUCCACGUCGAGAUGACAACCACUGAACCAGCCUCGGAAUGGAUACCAGUUGUGGUGGCUGAUGCAGAUACCACGACCAAGGAGCCUGCUGAGACGACUGAAGCCUCAGCAACUUCGGUGUCCGAGGCUACAUCCAGCUCACCUGAUUGGACUUCCACAAGUGCUGCCUCAACAACGACCAUGAGCACCACAACAACCACAACAACCACUACAACUACCACGACUACAACAACCACAACCACCACAACAAUGAUUCCCGGAGCACUACUAGUAACUAUGACCAUUCAAACCCCGUUCUCCCAUGAAAUGGCCGGUGGAGACAAAGCCUUUCUGAAACAGACGCCUGAACAGGCUGCUCAAGGGCUUCACGACGAAAUGAAGGAGAUGCCUUUCACAGCAUCGUUCCAGAAAGCAUUGGCAGUAGAAAUGGACGUCCAGGAAGGUGACGUGAUCCCUCUCAAUUCCGCGAUGAAGUUGCAAGUGGAAGCCGAGAAUUCUAUGUCCAUUUCUGUGGCUGCCAAGGUCAUUACCAUGUCCUUACCUAUAGACCAGUACGAGAGCUUGCGCCAAAGGGUCUGUCCUGAGAAGGCAAUCAAGCCUCAGACUGGAGAAAUGAGCCGAUUUCUGAAAAGCUGGGGAUCCUCGCUGGGAUCUGCGGCAAAGCUCGGGCCAAGGCUGAAUCAUCUACGAGUUCUAGGCCUGGCACUGCAGCAAGAGGCAAAGGUGGUGGCGAUUCACUGUUCCCGCACGGACCCACCGAGCUUCGACCUGGGGGCAGCACUGCAAAGCGGUGCAUCCUCUGUUUCGAGUUGGCUGCAUGAGCAUCGGAAGAAGCUCAUGUUUUCAGCAUUGGUCCUGCUGGGUUUGUUGCUCAUUUGGGCGGCGAAGGUCUAUGGACCGAGGGGCUAUCAAAAAUUGACCGGCCCCGAUCAACGCACUUUUCGUCGCACCCUCGCGCAGAGAUUCGAAUCCCGUUCCGCCAGAAUGGACCGGGUCAAGUCGCGAGUUGAGAAGUAUUCCCAACGUGCUUUUGACUUGGUCAUGGCUGCUGAGCCUGACUACGAGGACAGUGAGCUCCAGUACUACGUCAGAAUCCUGGACAGCUGCAAAGGUCAUGCAAAGGUGAUAUGCGGCUCGCCCUGGGGGAAGUUCUACACUCCUGGCGACUGUGAGCUUUGCAAGCGACGUAUUGAUCGCAGAGAAAAGGGUUGUCAAUGCACACAGGGGGGGCACCGUUUGUGCUGGACUUGCAUGACGAGCAUUAUGAAUUGGGAGAGUUUGGCUGCUAAAGAAGGGCAGCAACCCUGGACUUGGUCCAUAAAAGACUGGUUGUAG